AUAAACUAUCCUUCUACAACACACGAACAUUGAAAAAUGUCUUCAUCAGAUUCGGACUCUAUUUCUAUUUCAGCUCGGAGGCGUUCUGUUCGAAACACUGGCCGACAAAUAAAUCUCCAAGAGUCGGAUGAUGAAAAUGAGAGUUUUGAUGAACUUCCCCUGAGUGAAGCUAAACCCGUGAAACCCGAAAGCGAUGAUGAUGAGGACGAUGUUCCUAUAGGAAGUAAACGCGCACCUGUAGAGAAAAAGACUAAACGUGCUACGAAACGUAACAAAAAAGAUAAUGAAAUAAAAAAAGGAACGCGUAAAAAAGUCAAACAGGUUAAGGAGGAGGACGAGGAUGAUCUACCGUUAAAUACCAAAGCGAAGCCACGAGCAGCCAGAGGAAAAUCUAAAGAAACAAAAAAAACAAAUGGUACUCCUGUUAAGAAAGAAGAAAUGGAUGAUCGAGAUUUAACUCCGCUAAAAAGUGGCCCUCCCUCUCCAUCGCUUAAAUCCGGCACGGUUACGGGCAGUAACCGUUCUCCAAACGAUGAAGAGGAAGAGGAAGAAGAAGAAGAAUUUAAAUGGUGGGAACAAAGAAAUCUCGAUGGUACCCAAAAAUGGACUACCCUGGAACACAACGGUGUUAUAUUUGCCCCUCCGUAUGAACCUCUUCCAAAAGAUGUAAAACUAUACUAUGAUGGAAAGCCGGUGGAUCUUCCUUUGGAAGCAGAGGAAGUUGCAGGGUUUUUUGGCGCAAUGUUGGAAACCGACCAUGCUAAAAACCCAACUUUCCAGAAAAACUUUUUUCGUGAUUUCCUAGCAGUGUGCGACGAAUGUAAUUUUAAACAUAAUAUCAAAGAAUUUUCCAAAUGUGAUUUUACCCAAAUGUUCCAGUAUUUUGAGCGAAAAAGAGAGGAAAAACGAAAUAUGUCGAAAGAACAAAAGAAGGAACUUAAAAAGAAAAAAGAUGAGGAAGAAGAAAAGUAUAAAUGGUGUCUACUGGACAAUCGCAAGGAACGUGUUGGUAACUUCCGCAUUGAGCCACCUGGACUUUUCCGUGGACGAGGUAACCAUCCUAAAACGGGUUCAUUAAAGCGGCGUGUCUAUCCAGAGCAAAUUACAAUUAACAUAGGCAAAGAAGCUUCCAUUCCUGAGCCUUUACCAGGACAUCAUUGGGCUGAAGUAAGACAUGAUAAUACAGUCACUUGGCUGGCUACUUGGCAUGAAAAUGUUAACAAUAAUGUGAAAUACGUUUUCCUGGCAGCUGGUAGCUCUUUGAAAGGACAGAGUGACUUAAAGAAAUACGAAAAAUCUCGAAAACUGAAAGAUUAUAUUGAUGAUAUUCGAGAGGGUUACACAAAAGACCUCAAGAGUGAUCUAACGGUGGAACGCCAGCGAGGAACAGCCAUGUACUUGAUUGAUGUCUUUGCCCUUCGUGCGGGUAACGAAAAAGGUGAAGAUGAAGCAGAUACUGUUGGUUGUUGUUCAUUACGCUAUGAGCAUGUUACACUGAAACCCCCUAACAUUGUAAUCUUUGACUUUUUAGGUAAAGAUUCUAUUCGGUAUUAUAACGAAGUAGAGGUGGACCCUCAAGUUUUCAAAAAUUUGAGAAUUUUUAAACGUUCACCAAAGAAAGAAGGAGACUUGAUAUUCGAUCGUUUAACAACCAACACAUUGAACAAAUACCUUACGAGCUUAAUGGAUGGACUAUCAGCAAAGGUAUUCCGUACAUAUAAUGCAUCUCAUACGAUGAACGUAGAACUAAAGAAAAUGCCCAAGAACUUAUCCCUUGCAGAUAAGGUCUUAUUUUAUAACCGUGCCAACAGAACGGUAGCAGUUUUAUGUAACCAUCAACGGUCUGUAACGAAGAAUCAUGACGUUCAAAUGGAGCGGUAUGAGGAACGUAUAAAAGCAUUACAGUAUCAGAGACUUCGUUUACAUAGAAUGAUGUUAAGUUUAGAACCUAAACUGUCGAAAAAGAAGCCGGAACUGGUACAGGGAGAAGAAGGUAUAAAUGAUGAAUGGGUUGAAAGGCAUCACGAAUUACUUUAUGAAUUAGAAAAAGAAAAGAUCAAGAAGAAAUUUGAACGUGAUAACGAAAAAAUUAUGGCUGAAGAUCCAAAGAGCAAACUUCCUGACAAUGAAUUAGAAAAACGAUUAACGGCGGCGGACCAGCUGAAAGCGGUGUUGGAUGCUGAGUAUAAAACAACCAAAGUUCAUCCUGGACGAGCAACGCUCGAACGCUUAGAAAGUCGCUUGACAAAAUUAAAUGAGCGAAUCAAGGUGAUGCGUACUCAAAUGAUCGAUAAGGAUGAGAACAAGACGACUGCUUUAACAACUAGCAAAAUCAAUUACAUUGAUCCACGACUUACGUUUUCAUUUAGUAGACGAGAAGAUGUUCCGAUUGAAAAGCUGUUUAGUAAAACGAUACGCGACAAAUUUAAUUGGGCCUCUGAAACACCCGCGGAUUGGGAAUGGUGAUUUCUUUCUAUUCAUUGUUUUGGGCAGGUUUAAAACUUCCGUUGAUUGGUUUGUCAUAACUUAGCUGCUUUCGUUGAGUGAAAAACUGAUAAAUUUAGUUGGAAGUUAUGGAUUUCAGGUUUAUAUAUUAAAAGAAUCUAUCUAGAUUAAGUUCUAAUAUUAAAUGGUUUGUUUAAUUUAUUACCUACAUGCAUCGAAAUUGCCGCAGGAAUGAAAUUUGACAACAGUGAUCUUGUCUUACUGCCCUUUUGGACUUUGGGACAUGGUAAUUUUUAAAACUUUUAUUGCUUUCUAUAAUGCACUUAUGCCUCUGUAAUUAUAAUCAAAAUCAAGGAAAUUCAUUUUAAUCUUUUCUAUAUAGUGAGACAUAAGGUGGU